UGAACACGAAGCGGCCGCUGCUCCACGUUCAGCAGCGAGGAGCGAGCAGAGUGAUCAUGAUGGGAUUGGACUAAGACAUCCCCCUCCAGUGCACUCACCUCUCAGUGGCCAGUGUGUCCCAGCAGCAGCAGCAGCAGCAGCAGCUUGAUCCCAGUAGCUCUCAGUUGGGCUUCCUGUUGGAGAGGUGCUUUCAUUGACAUCUAAACCAGCGUCAGGUGCUGUGCUCCCAUCGGCUUUCCCUGCCCCGACCCUCUCCAAAUACAGGGUCAUCAUGGGGGAGAUAGUCCAGAUGCAAUUCAGUACGGUGGACUAUGUCAUCUUUGCCUUGCUGCUGGUGGCCUCAGCUGGGAUCGGCCUCUUUUAUGCCUUCUCCGGUGGACGCCAACGCACAACACAGGAGUUCCUGAUGGCCGACCGCUCCAUGAGCUGCCUCCCUGUGUCGCUGUCCCUGCUGGCCACUUUCCAGUCUGCGGUGGCCAUCCUGGGGGCUCCGUCUGAGGUGUACACCUUUGGAACUCAGUACUGGUUCCUGGGCUGCUCCUACUUUUUGGGCCUGCUCAUCCCAGCUCACAUUUUUAUACCAAUCUUCUACAGGCUGCGACUGUCCAGUGCCUAUGAGUAUCUGGAGCUGCGCUUUAACAAGACGGUUCGCAUAUGUGGGACUGUGACGUUCAUUUUCCAGAUGGUCAUUUAUAUGGGAGUGGUCCUAUAUGCUCCAGCCUUGGCCCUUAAUGUAGUGACAGGCUUUGACCUUUGGGGGGCAGUGCUUGCACUGGGAUUGGUGUGCACGUUGUACACAGCUCUGGGGGGUCUGAAGGCGGUGAUGUGGACUGAUGUGUUCCAGACCGUGGUGAUGUUUGUGGGACAGCUGGCAGUGAUUAUAGUAGGGGCCAGUCAGGCAGGGGGCAUUGGUGAGGUCUGGAGGAAAGCUACCAAUGGCAGCCGCAUUUCUGGACUAGACCUGAACCCAGACCCUACAGAGCGUCACACCUUCUGGACUCUGGGUGUGGGGGGAAUCUUCCUGAUGCUCGCUCUGUACGGGGUCAACCAGGCCCAGGUCCAGAGAUACCUCAGCGCACGCUCAGAGAAAGAAGCCGUCAUGUCCUGCUAUGUCGUCUUCCCAUGCCAGCAGAUCGUCCUGUGUUUAGGUUGUCUGAUGGGUCUGGUCAUGUUUGCUCGCUAUGGAGAGGACAGCCCUCUGGACAAGGGUUAUGUCAAAACGAAUGAUCAGAUGGUGCUUUACUUUGUGAUGGAUGUAUUCAGGGAUCUGCCCGGGCUCCCAGGCCUGUUUGUAGCCUGUCUCUUCAGUGGUGCUCUCAGUACUAUCUCAUCAGCCUUCAAUUCCCUGGCUACAGUAACUAUGGAGGACCUGAUUAAACCCUAUUUUCCAAACAUGACUGAAGCCAAAGCCACACUGAUGUCUAAAGGACUUGCCUUGGCCUAUGGCCUGGUGUGUUUGGCUAUGGCCUACCUCGCCUCCUUGAUGGGAUCUGUGCUGCAGGCAGCCUUCAGUAUCUUCGGGAUGGUGGGUGGUCCCCUGCUCGGCCUCUUCUGUCUAGGGAUUUUCUUCCCCUGGGCAAACUCGACUGGUGCAUUGGUCGGUUUGUUUACUGGCCUCGCCAUGGCCUUCUGGAUCGGCAUUGGCAGUUUUGUGAUGCGUAUGACAGCUUCCACCGCAGCACCCCUUCUCAACACCACUGCUCUACCCCUGUUUGAAAACAUGACCACCGCUGUCAUGACCACACUGGUCAAGCCAAGGCCGACAGGUGUGGAGGCACUCUACUCAUUGUCCUACAUGUGGUACAGUGCUCACAACUCAACCACUGUGGUGGUGGUCGGACUAAUAGUCAGCUUUUUAACAGGACCCAUGAAGGAGAAGGAGCUGACCCCGGGCACAGUGUUUCCAGUCCUGGGCACGCUGCUCUUCUUUCUGCCUGAACGCUACAGAGAAAAGCUCUGCUGUGUCACUCCUCUGACUCCGAAGCCCAAAGAAAUCAGCACGCAACCUUAUCUCAUGGCCAAGAAGGACAGCAACGGAGCAGCGCACUGCAAAGAGGACUCGGCCGCAGAGGACAAAGAGACGGACAGCGACAGAACACAGACACAGGACGAAGACCUGGCAAUUAAGAUCGCUCUGUCCUCAAGCCCUCCGACGACCCAGACAGUUCAGGAGACGUCCUUGUGAUCAUUUUCUCAUUUCUUAAUAACACACACACUCAUACACACUUUGAAUGACACUGGUUGAGCCAGUUUCUUUGAGGGAGAUGCAGCUAAAGACAGAUCAUAGAUGUGGAGUCCAAAACUAAUCUAAAGAUAUAAUAGAAAGAGCUUCUGGACUUCAGUUUCUGUGUAGAUGUGGGUUUUUUUAACUACUCUUUCCCAAACACUAAAAACUGGAAGCUAACUUUUGCCAAGCCGGAACAGAGCGUACGCACAAAAGACAGCGAUCCAUAAAGGAACUAGUCUGCUGGUGUCUGUUUUCGACUCCGAUGCUUUAGGGUCCAGGUGUGUGCAGUUUGAAGUUAGGAAACUGGGCAGCUCCUUUGCACAAUGAGCUGUUCUGCUGUGGCUGGAUCCUGUCAUUACGUUUGACAAAAGAAAAAUAAUAAUUCAGGUAGAUAUAAAUGUGUUAUUUUUGUAGAGAGAGAACGUGGAACCAUAGAUAUCCCAGAAUGUGUAUCAGAGAAUAUAAUAAGAAAAGAAAAUAAUGUCUAGAGAGACUGAACUCCACUUGAUGGCAUGACAUGCCUGUGCUACUGUGAUAGGGUGUCUUUACAUGGCCUUGGUCUAAUACUAAUAGUCGCCCUCUAGCUGCUAUUAUACGUCCCGUGACAAAGAGUUGGUGAAAACAUAGCUGUGUGUUCAGACGUGGGCGGACGUGGUGGUCAGACGGGGCGGCCACAUCAGACGGAGCAGAGUAAUUCCCUGACUGACACCUUGGUACAGUGCAUGAGCAGAAAUCAAGCCAGUGGGUGAACAGAGCUGCCUCCUCCACACACAUGUUCCACUGGUUUCCACAGAAGACGUUAAUAUUUUCCAAUUAACAAUCAUUAGUUAUAGAUUUGGUCAAUUUUAUUAUAUUAAUCAUGACUGGCUGAGGUGUUGGACCUAUAAAAUGCAGCAUAUUGCAUAAACCACUACUGUGAAUGUAGUGUCCAUGUUUAGUUGUUGGAACUCUUGAGCAAAAUCGUUAAAACAAUUCAGACCCCUCGACUUUUAUCAUACAUGUUUAUGUUGUAGCCUUAUGCUGAAAUAAAAAAAAUAGUUCCUUUCCAAUCAUUACUCCCUUUUCCAGAAUGAAACGGAUUUUAGAAUUAGUUUUCUUAAUUUAAAAAGAAAACCUGAAAUAAUAUAUAUAUAAGUACUUAGACAGAACCCUUUCUCUUUAUCAUCUUUGAGAUGUUUCUAGACCUCGACUGAGUUCACAUAGUAGACGUGAGUAGUGUAUGUAAUGUCUCACAGCUGAGAAUGUAUAUAAAUGUACAAUCAGAGCUGUCAGGUGGAAGGAGCUGCCUGUAGAGCUCAGAGACAGGAUUGGGUCUUAGGGAGGGCUGCAACCAAACUAGUGCUUCACUGAAGUUCUCAAAGAGCCACAGUGGCCUCCAUAACUCUUAAAAGAAAGAAGUUUGGAACUACUCUGACUCUUCCUAGAAUUGUCCGACCAAACAGAGCAGUCAUGGGGGGGAGAGACUUGGUAAGAGAAGUGAUUUGAUACUGAAUGUUCAUGGAUGUGAGAAAUUAGUGUUAAUUUAGCAUAAAGCUGCAACAUAACAAAAUGUGAAAAGUUUAGGGGUCUGAAACCUUAAGAAUUCACUGUAACUUUUAAAACUGUUUCCUUUGACUGGGACACGUGUUUUAAAAGUAACGGUUUGAGGAGUAUAGUGAAUCUGUUGAUCAGGGGAGUUUGUUUUUUAAUGGACACUUCACAGAACAUUGUGCUGCUUAAAAUACAGAGUUCUGUAGUUUUCCAUUGUGUUCUAAUCAGUGUUGUGUUGCUCAAACACAACCCCAUGAAAUUAGGUUGCUCACUGACCUGGUGUGAGCGUUCCACACCUGGUAUCUUUGGUUUCCCUUCGAUUUAAAACUGUGCAGCGCUAGUGGCUCAGUGACAUCUAUAAACAUCACUGUACGUCCCCACAGUUUCCGUGGGUUUACAGCCGCUCUCAUCCGAUGUGACCGCCCUGGAUAAAGCUCAGCUCUGCUCAGAAUGCCACACAGAAGCCGUCUGGUCCUUCAGAUGGACCUACUUUACUUACAUCAGGCAUCUCCUCCAUGUAUUUGCCUGUGAAGAUGGUUAAGUCUUCUCCGAUUGUUUUGUAUUGUGAACAUGAUAAAGUGCAUCUUUUUUUCUUAAAUUUGAGGUCGUCAGUGCCAUGUGGCAUGUUGCGUAAUAGUGUGGUUUGGACCGUUUUUAACACAGUCUAGCUCGUCAUUGUAAUCGUCAAAUUUUUUUGGAAUCACAGAAUUCUUGAACAUCACCACUUCACCAUUUUAAGUCAGUUAUUGCCACUGUGAUGUGUUGUGUGUGUGUGUGUGUUGUCUGUGUGUGCAUGUGAGUUCAAUGUUUUCAGUCUGUACGGUCUAUGCUCUUGCACAGUGGACUCCAUGUCAAGAGCCUGUGGUGAUGUGAUACAAUGUGUCUGUUUUCUGCAGGUUAUGGUGAGUACCUGUCUCUGUCGCCUUACACCUUCCUCCUUAAAGCAACACUAUGUAACGGUUACCGAGCAGCAGCGCCCUCUGCUGCCACACCUGUUGAUUAUUCUGUUGGUCUCCGUUUCUGAGCCAUUAAGUGCUUUUCAUGUAUAGAAAACGUGUGCCUCAAUGGGUGUCAUGCAAGAACCGAAAAUAUUUAAUAUUAGGUAGUGAGAACCAGUGAUUUAGGAGAACUUGCUGCUUUUACGUUUUUUUUCCUGGUACGAACAGAAUUGACAAGUUGUCCAGACUUAUUUCAUUAGUUUGAAGCAAUUACAUUCACAUAAUAUACAAAUUAGCCCUUGUUAUUAUGUUGACAUUUACGGUUUAACUCUUGAAUUAGAUUCUAAACAGCUCUGCUUCAGUCGGUCUCUGACGCUGCUAAAAGUCCAGACUUUUCUCUCUGAAAUCAAGACUUGUUUUUUUUACUUUGAUGUCAUUGUCGUCACUGACACUGCUGACAUGGGGCAGGAGGCGUAGCCUUGUAUGGUGUAAUUAAGGCAAUAUGUAUGCAAACUUGCUAAUCUUGUGCCGGCUCGCUCAAAUUCACACAUUUAUCAUGUUUCCACACCUCAUUUCCACACGAUGCUGUAAGAGCAAGUGUUUCUUGACUCUGACGUGACAUGUUCGUACAAACUGACCAUACAAUGAGAUGUAAGAGAAAGAAUAGAAGCAUGUUCUUGCAUGAGGCCCAAUGUGUUGACCGGGCUCUGCGUAAUGCUACUGGCUGAACCUAAACCCAACUGAGCGGUGGAUAUUACCCAGGAUCCCCGGCUUCCUUAACCAGAAGAGCUGCUGCUGUAACAAAUCCACCAAACUCAGUUUAGAACAUUCUAAAUAUUUGAGUUUUUUUUGCUGAAUAUCACAGAUAAACGCUUUAAUGUUUGAAUGACUUCUUAGUCUUUUGCACUGGUCUACAGUUCAGCAUUAUCUUGAACUUGUUGGACCUGAUUCUGACAAUUUAUCAUUAUUUAAUUUUAUUUAUUAAAUAUUGAUCAGUUCCACACUAAAGGAGAUUGUAUCCGCUCACCAAAGUUACAUAGAGCAAGAGCAAAUGUUCGGAGUGAAGAGUGGAAAUGAAAGAGGAAACAUUUUCCCUAUUCGAAGUCACUGAAUCAUCAAACUCCUUUUGAUAUUUUAAGGUAAAAAGUUGCAUAGUGUUGCUUUAACUUCUCAGUUACAGUUUUAUUCUAAGUACUCACCAGACAAUCAAGGUCACACAGUUCAGCAGCAGAAUUUUGAAUCUGCUUAGUUAAUGUCAUUGCUCUGAAAAGGAUUAUGGACCUUGGGGACCUCUGAUCCCUCAGCUUGAAUGUUGAGCCCUUUUAAAACCAGCCUAUUACACAACUGACAUGUUUGUACCAUCACCCUGACAUUUAGAAAUACCUCAAGUUAUCCCAAAGCAUAUAGAAUAUGAAUCUUUUUCAUGUUUUAUAAUUUGUUUUGUUUUUUACCAACAAAUGUAUUUGAGAUCUCAUUUGUAUAUUUAUCUAAUUUCACGUAAAAGCCUGCGAACAUUUCAUGAAAUGAAAUGUGAAAUUCUAUAUGCAAGAACCAUGAAAUGUUUUAAUUUUGUUAGUGAAUGUCAGACAGAAUGGGGGAAUGUGACAGUCCACACGAAGAUCUCCACGAACUGGAGCAUCGCACACGCUAUUAGCGUUACUUCAGAGCACUAGCAUCUUCUGCCUUAGACAGCAUUUCAUUGUUCCUCCCCAAAUUCUAACUGUCCUAUUCACGCAAUUUUCAAAACAUUUAAUGGUUCCAAGAGAUUUUUUUUACCUCCUUUUAAAUUCCAUGUGCCUGCGUCUACUUUAUUUAUGAUUGCAUUUUGUGGAAUCCUCCUUCAUACCUGAAAUUACUUGAAGUGUGAGUCUGAGAUGUUAAUGAUACACAAUUAAAGCCCUUCUUUAAAAUUAGGGAACAUAGUUCAAGUGCUGUCUUUAAUUAUAAUAAUAAUAAUGUCCUUUCUAAACUCUGACUGCUAACACACCUAAUAAAGCACAAUGAGGUCAGAGCUCGGUAGUCAUGCUACUGAAGAAGAACCUGACUGAAGCCAUCAGUUGGUGUAAAGCAAUUCAGAUACGUCUUCAUGAUGAUGUGUAGCUUUAGACUUUCUGCAAGAACCUGAAUAUUUUAUCAUAUGUGGCCUUUUUUACUGGAACGCACAAUAAUACUGUUGUGAAUAUGGUUUGUAAAAGAGAAGCAGGGACACUUAGUAAUUUCCAGCAACAAUAAAUAUUGUUUUGAACAAUAUUUAUUAUAUUUGUUGUUCCACCCACCAAGAAUUCUUCCUGCAAUGCAUUCCAAAAAAAAAAAAAAAAACACAACCCCAGAAGCACUGGAGUCACCAUAUGGUUUCUCUGCUUUGGUCUGUGCCUUCAUGAUUAUUAUUUUUAUAAUUUAUAAAGUAACCUGUGAAGUUUUCAUCCACAGCCCAGGUCUGAACCAUGUGACGUCUGUCCCAGAGUGGAAGAAACCUGGAUGAGUUAAUAAAUUGUACACAUGUAAUAAUUUAUCUCUGGAAUAAUACAAAACCCUGUUUUAAUCUCUCUAAUGACGAAGGAGAAACCUGAGCUACAAUGGUGUAAUGAUGGUUCUGUGGCUAGGAAAUGUAGGUGAUUAAAACAAAUAACCAGCAUUUAGUGAGAGAGUCUUUUAUCCAUCAUUCAACAUGUGUCCGCUACAAAUGAGCUACUGGUAUUUAGCAGCAGAAGAAGAAGCACAUGAACAUAUUUAUCUUCUAACAUGAUGAGAGCAAUAACUGGAGUUCUUGCAAAAUAUAAAAAAAACCGAAUCGUUCUUCAGUCAUUUCUGUUGGAUUUAAAUUAUAUUGUUAAAUGUACGAGCACUUCUGAGAUGCCCCAUUUAUGUGUUUCCCUGUCGUAUGGAUGUAUGAAAAUCUGAUUUAUAAGUCGUACCUGAAAUAAGAUGUUAUUAAAAAAUUCUAUCAUUC